AAUGACAGUUCGAUAAUACAGACGAAAGAAAUAUUAACAUCAUACGGUAUUUUCAUGUUUUAAAAACUUUGUGUGUUUCAAUAGAUAUAAAAAUGGAUAGUUCAAAUGUUAUGAUGGAAGAUAGUGUGGACGAAUCAUCAGAAAACGCAAACCAACCAACUGACGACGAAUACGACAGUGAUAACGAAGAUUUUUAUUUUGAAUCGGAUCACUUGGCAUUGCGGGGAAAUGCGGAUUACCGUGCGGCUUUAAGAACAAUAGUCAUUUUGGAGGCUCAACGAAUCGAGGCAGCGAAACACAUUGACAGAAUUGCCCAAGCACAUAGAAGAGCGUUAGAGGACCCAGAAGAGUUUUUGAAAAAGUUGAUAUCAAAAGAAGGUCUGGACUUACCAGCACCAAUAACAAUACAAAAUGUUCCAAAAAUCAAGUUUGAAAAAUAUAAUAUACCGAGUCCCGUCAAUGUACCAUGCACAUAUGAACCCAAGGCUAAAGAAGAGAAUGAUUUCACUGUGCGUGGAAGAGUCUUUGAUCAAACAAAACCAGAAACAUUCAAUCAGCUGUGGACGUGUGAGGAACAGCGCCGCCUGGAAGAAUUGCUGGUGGAAUAUCCACCCGAGCCGAUCGAAAUGCGACGUUUUGCGAAAAUAGCCAAAGCAUUGGGCAAUAGAACGCCGCGUCAAGUGGCAAGUCGAUUACAAAAGUAUUUUCAAAAACUGCAUGCGGCUGGAUUACCAGUGCCUGGUCGUCAGCCCAGACGCAAUGCCAGAAUAUAUAGCUCCCGGAAAAACCGAAUUGCGAAGCAUAUGGUUCGGCCGACGACAUUCUUUCCAUCAAACUACGUGCCUGUGAACAUAACAAAUGACGAUGAUAACAACGCCAAUUCAUUUUUGGAUCCUAAUUAUUACCGCAAUGGCUGCAACGCAAAUAGCAUGAACGACGGAGAUGUGGACAAUAUAAUCAUUGUUGAUGAACCUAGUGACACUGAGGUGAACGUUAGCAUGAAUGAUGACGCGAAAAUAGCUGCCAUAAUAGAAAGAGUAAAAAGAGACAAAGAAAGGGAACAUCCCAUCGAAACAUCCAUUAGUGAACACAAUGGAUACAAAUGUGACUAUUGUGACGAAGAACCCAUUUCUGGCACUCGAUGGCACUGUAUUACAUGCAAAGAUCAAUCUAGCGAUUAUUGUUCAGACUGUUUUGUUACUCAGACGCAGGAUGAUAAACACCAUUCAUUCGAUCACAUAUUUAUCGGCUAUCGCAUCUCAUCUGACUAUCACGCUGAGUCGGAUGUUGAAAGCGAUGACGACGAUGUAGAUGCCGAUGCAGACGCAGAUGCAGACGCAGAUGCAGAAGAAUAUGCUGAUGAUACCAAUGAAGAGGGGUCGCUGCUCAAUAACUCACCGGGCAAUGUUGGCUUUGAAGAUUCCAUAAAGACUUUUUUUCGAUAAAGACUAUUUUCAGAAAAACAGCAAAUCAAACAAAUUAACAUUUCGUUAGUUCUAUCCGUGUAUGGAAUUUCAAAAACCUUAUAUGAUCAAUUUAGAUAUAAACAUAACAAUUUUGGAUGUUAUUCAGUUGAUCUUUUGAAGUCAAAACUCUAAAAAUUGCUAGAAGAAAUUCAUAUUCCAUGUGAUAGCCUAUAAUAACUUCAGUUUAAUUUGUUUAAUGCAAACUCUAAUGUGUUUAUUCAUUCUAACGGCCUUAUUUGGAUGGUGAUAAGGAAUGAGCUGUGACUUGAUGAUCAUGAAAAUCUAGAAAAACAAUGAAAUCCAAUAAAAAUUAUCAACAUUUUCGACACUUUGAAAUAAAUGCUUCGAUUUAUUUUCUAUAAAA